AUGCGGAACGUAGAGCUCAAUGCUUUCGGAGCACUCGCCUGUGUCGCCACCUCAUUUGCCAUUUGCGGGGUGUGCUUCUCGAUCUCGUUGAAGUUGAUUAGUGGGAACGCAGCGGUGUCCAAACUGGAACGCCGGUUUCUCUGGUUUUCCAUAUUCCAAUCGGGGCCAAUGCUGCUGGAGACGGUACGAGCCGCCGCACAGUUCUACGUCACUUUAUAUCUGAACGAGAGGGCGGCAUUACAGCAAUUGUCGGAAUAUCUAUUUUACUACAUGGACCUGGCUUGUAUGCUAACACCCUACUGUCUCCUGGUCACCAAUCGUAACAUUCGCCGCAUUUUGCUCCCCAAGUUCAUGGUCAGCCAGCUCUCCUCCAUGCAGCAAGUCUCAAAGAAUACUAACGUCAUCAGCCCAAAAGUCGACAGCCUCUCGAUGAAGCAGUGCACCCAG